CAUUUGUUUCGUCUUCCACAAACUCACGCAAUUACAUAGCCAUCGUAAUAUAUUCAUUAUUUUUACAUAACCCUCAUUUUUAAAGCUAAACAAAUAAUUUUGUUUUUUUUAAUUAUUGACGAAACUAAAAAAUAUCAAUUGAAAUUUAUUCUCUGAAAUGCUAGAGUACUUUGUAAAUGUCUCAAUUUGCAUUGAUGCAUGAAAUUUCCCUCUGGGUUUGAUACUAGUGAGAUAUAACUGACAUAAUUGUUUUGAAAAUUAGAGAAAGAAAAAACAAAAGUAUCUUAUCCUAGCCUCAUUUAGUGAUCAACGAAGUUUCCGUCUUGCUUCAUCUGUCGGAACAACAUUUGUCUUAUCCUAUUAACUACUGCAACAUGGCGAAGACUUGUAUUCAUGAUAGCAGAGUGGUUUGCGCAUCGUCCCCUGAUGGAUGUACUCGUCGCAGUUUUCUUGACCAAUGCGAUAUGUAUGAGUAUAACUGCGAUUAUAAUACACGUUAUCAAGAAACAUAUUUAUUAUUCUGUUCUCUUUUGGAUUUUUCCACUAAGUUUGUUACAACAUCUGACAAUGAUAGUAAAGAUCCAGAUGAAAUAAAUUUUAAUGAAUUAAGUACGCAUAUUGAUAAUGAAAACAAAGUUAAUUCCACACUGCAUAAACAAUCAACUCUAGAAGUUUAUAUAACUACAACUGUGACCAAUUUGAAAAAUAAUACAAAUGAGGUGAAAGUAAUCUGCUGUAACCGACCAAAAACUUGGGAAACGACAUCUGAUAUAACCAUUACUAGUACUGCCUACAAUUUCUUUUAUCCAGAGAUUACGGAAGAAGAAACGUUUAGUUCUUCAACGAUCCAGAACAUCCAUAAUAAUCACACUUUUACACCUUGUAAAAAAAGUAAUGUAACCAUAAAUUCGAACAAGUCCGAUAAUAUAACAGCAUCAGUUAUUAUGAGUUCUGUAGAGAUACUGCCACCAAAUAAAACGACAGCUCCACAUUGUCCAAUUAACUGCAACCGAAGACCGAUCACUUGGGAAACAACAACUGACAAAUUAAGAACCUUUAUUAGCUCAAAAAGUGAUAGUAGAAAAGAACAAGUAACCAAACCAAUUACCACCUAUACAACAGCCAUACCACCAAUAAUAACUUCAAUACUUUUAUCUACUGAAGAAUAUAAGAAUCAUACUACUGAUUUAGAUAUCGUAGAACCUAUAUAUACACUAACGUAUCGCACUAAGAUGGUAACGGUUCCAAUAUACUCUUAUAUAUUUCUUACAAGAAGAAGGACUACAAAGAGUUUAACUCAUAACUGUAAGACAAAGUGUCAGAGACCAAGUACCUGGAGGACAACUCGAAGACCCAUUACAGAUUUUAAGAGAUUUAGAAACUAUAAUAGGUACCAUCUUGGUACUAGGUUUUAAUAAUUUAUUUUAAUUAAAAAAAUUAACUGUAGUCUAUUUGCGUGUUACAAAAACAUAUAUUAUGGAUACUACAUGUACAUUGUAAAACCAUACCCAUUAUAAAAUAUAUGCUAAAAAACAACAUACA